AUGUAUUGUUCCCAGACAUAUGCAAUGGGCAACAUUGCGUUAUUUUUCUGUCUAUAUGCGAAACAUUGGGGCGAGCCCCCACAAUGUAACUCGUCUCAUUCACGGCUACUCGGUUUUUUCACUACUCUCCCAUCGAUAUGGCGCGCCUUUCAAUGCAUUCGCCGAUACGUCGACACGAAGAACGUCUUCCCACACUUGCUGAACUUUGGCAAAUACAUGUUUGGAGUCCUGUACUACGCCACACUGAGCAUGUACCGCAUCGACAAAGUAACCCGCUUCCAGGCCCCCUUCAUCACCUUCGCCCUCCUGAAUGCUGUCUACUGCUCUGUCUGGGACCUUGUAAUGGACUGGAGCUUGGGCAACGUCUACGCCAAACAUCCGCUCCUCCGCGAGACACUCGCCUUCCGCCGCGUCUGGGUCUACUACCUCGCCAUGGCCCUUGACGUAAUCAUCCGCUUCAACUGGAUCUUCUACGCCAUCUUCGCCCACGACAUUCAACAUUCCGCCGUCCUCUCCUUCGUCGUCGCCUUCUCCGAGAUCUGCCGCAGAGGCAUGUGGACCAUUUUCCGUGUCGAAAACGAACACUGCACAAACGUCAUCCUCUUCCGCGCCUCGCGCGACGUGCCCCUCCCCUACGCCCUCUCCACCCCAGACGGCCCCGCAGACCAACCCCCACCACCCGAACCACUCCACGCCCAAGACCCACGCACCUCCCUCCCCAUCUCCCCGCCGACACUGGGCGUCGUCGUUCCCCCAGACGUCGAGCACGGGACGCCGUCUACGCCUGGCGCGUCACUUCGGCCGCGGGCGCUCUCGCGAGUUGGGACGAUGCUCGCCUCUGCGCACGCGCAGGACUUCCAGCGCAAGAAGCGGCCCGGCGAGAUGUCCGGUGCUACCGUUGCGCAUGGCGCACCGGAGUCGCCGGAGGACACGAGUGAUGAAGAGGACUCGGGAGACACGAGGCCAUAUAAGGAUGAGGAUGCGAUUGAAGAGGAGAUUCCGUCGGAUGAUACCCAAUAA